CGUGAUGAAUGCAUAUGUGCAUGACUGGGCGUGGAUAUCAUAGUAUCGCCAUCCGAACGGGAAAUAGUGGGCUGCCAGUUGACGCUGCACAUCGGUAUGCUCAUUAGAGGCGCCCACGGCUUGCGCAGCUCGCUUUCUGGCUGCCUUCGGUAACGUCGAUCAUGGGCAACGCCGCGAGCACAAACACCCGCCUCGCCGGCUUCAGCAAUCUGGUCGGUGAGUUGGGCAAUGAUGUCCAGUAUGAGCGCUCCAUGGGCGACUCUCGCUUCCUCAAGGCCAUCAAAGCUCGACAUUCCAGCGGGCCGCUCGUCGUUAAGACGUUCUACAAGCCGCCCGAAGCCGACGCAGGCCUCAGCCUUGACGACUUGGUCCGGCGUCUGAAGCAGGAGCGUAUGCGCCUGGCGGAUGCCCCCAAUGUACUCGCCUAUCAAACUGUCGUAGAGACCGACAAUGCGGGAUACCUCAUCCGCCAAUGGCUUGCGAGCAGUCUGUACGACCGCAUCAGCACACGCCCGUUCUUGUCGGUCAUCGAAAAGAAAUGGCUCUCGUUCCAGCUGCUGCAGGGCAUGGCGACGGCGACCGCCCGCGACGUACCACAUGGUGAUCUGAAGUCUGAAAACAUCCUCGUCACCAGCUCCCUAGUGCUCUAUAUUUCUGAUUUUGCCAGCAGCAUCAAGCCGACGUACUUACCCCUGGAUGACCCGGAUGACUUUGGCGUCUUCUUCGACACUUCUGGUCGCAGAUCAUGCUACCUCGCACCAGAGCGCUUCUUCGAGUCCACAUCCAAGAUUGCAAGGGACCGUGCAGCUCAGCGCACGGCAGGGCAGAAACGGGCGAGUGCAGCCGCGACAGCCGGCGCUACCGCCCCGACAGCUCCGAGCACCUCUCCGAAUUGGUCCGCGACGAUGACUGAUCCGUACAACAUCAUUCUUGGGAACGGAGGACAGACCAGGCGUGAAGGAAAUGUGACGGAGCAGAUGGAUCUCUUCGCUGCUGGUUGCGUCAUUGCAGAGCUCUGGCGAGACGGCUCGCCGACGUUCACACUCAGUCAACUGUUUCAGUACCUUCGAGGCGCGCUCGAUAUCGAGCCCGUCCUUGCUCACAUUCCCGACACUCACGUUCGGUCGAUGGUCCAUACGAUGCUCUCAGUUAAUCCUCGCGAAAGAGGGACAUUCGCGGGCCACCUCAGACAGCAAAGGAACGCAGCGUUCCCAGAACUCUUUUACGAGUUCUACUAUCCUUAUCUCACCAGCCUCCAGAGGAGCUCGGCUGUGCCAGCUCAGGUGCCGAGCAGCGCCGCUAAACCAACACUGGAGGCUGCAGCAGUGGGUUACGCAUCGAUCAAAGCUGCCGUUACUACCGCGACGCAGGAAGGCGAGGCGGAAAGCGAGCAGAGCUCAAGGCGGACAGGAUAUGCGCCUGCGACUGCCUUCUUGCACAGCGAAUCGGACGAGCGCCUCGAGCGUCUGUACGAAGAUUGGAGCGUGAUCGUGGAAAAGUUGAUUGACCAGGAUAUGGAGGCGCAUGGCGGACAGCGCUGGUCAUCAGCGGAGGCACAGCUUUCAAAUCCGUCCCACUUUGACGACCCACGUCGCAUCGCCGAUUCCGUCUACCCCGUAGCCCUGCACAUUCCUGGAGUUCCUCCGCAAUCUUUACGCGUCAGAGUUAAGUCACCGAUACAUGACGGGCCGGCUCUCAUCUUGCUAUCCAUCAUUCUCUCCAAUCUCCGCAAUGCGUCACGCCCGUCGAUCCGUAAACAAGCGCUUGAGAUGGGCAUGCACUUGGCGAAUGGGCACUUGACAGAUCUAACCAAGCUUGAUCGCCUCCUCCCGUACAUCAUUGCACUGUUCGACGAUCCUUCGCCUCCGGUCAGAGUGGCCGCGUGCUGCGCUGCGACGCAGGUCCUAAUGCUGGUUGAUUCGGUCAACGCGGCGAACGCCACCAUCUUCUCCGAGUAUAUCGUACCGCAUUUCAGACACCUCGCAUCAGAUCCAUCCGUCUUGGUCCGGACUGCGUAUGCUGCGUCACUCGCACACCUCUGUAACGCCGCAAAGGACCAUGUUGCACGCCUGCAAUCCGAGGAGCAGGAGUCGCACAGUGCUUCCAGAAUCCUCGGCGCCGAUGCAGAUCUGCACGAUAGCCAGUUGAAAAUCCUGCACAACUUCUUCCAAGUGGAAGUCGUCUCGCUACUCACGGACCCGUCCACCAACGUCAAACUCACGCUGCUCGCAGACAUCGACAAGCUCACCACUUAUUUUGGCGCCGUCGUAACGAACGACAUUCUCCUGAGUCACAUGAUCACAUACCUCAACGACAAUGACUGGCGCUUGCGCGAAAGCUUCUUCGAAGCUAUCUUACACGUCGGUACAAUUGCGACAAGUGGCAGCCUGGAGAACUACAUCUUACCUUUGAUGCUACAGGCACUCAGCGACGAGGAAGAAGCCGUCGUGCAACGGGUCCUCGACGGGCUUAUUGGACUCAUGUCAAUACGCAAGCUACCCGACGCAAACAUUUAUGAGAUCAUCGAGUCAACGGUGGGCUUUCUCUGUCACCCGAACUUAUGGCUACGGUACCAGGGUGCCAGCUUGUUGGUUGCAUGCAUGCAUCGCAUGCACGAGACAGAGCGCUGGGCUUUCGCAUACCCGCACCUACGGCCACUCUUAUCAGCGGAUGUACCAGAUCUCAUGGAGAUUAGUCUUCUGGAAGUCCUCAAACCUCCUUUGUCUCGGCUUGUCUUCAACAGCGCAGUGUCAUGGGCUGCCAAAGUCCCAUCAAGUCUGUUCUGGAAGUUUCCGGAAAAUGCCAAGAGGGUUUGGCCCAUUGACAACGCUUUAGGAACACAGGGACUUGCCCUCAUGGCUGGUUGUCGUGGUUCUAGCAUACCCCCGCUUCAAAUGCCAAGAAACGAGGAGGACGAUGGACAGAUGGACCGUUUGAGAGCCAUCGGAAUGAGCAAGGAUGAUGAAAUCAAACUAGUUGCUCUCCGCAGCGUCGUGCGGCGUCUUGCGAAGCAAGGAAGUGCCCAACUGAAGGCGGUCACGAUGAUAGAGGGAAGCACACCGGCACCGCUGAUCUCAGAGAGAUAUGGAGUGGCUAAGCUGGAUGGGGUGAACUCGCAGAACAUCUUCUUUAACUCGAAAGUUACGGCUCGGCAGGUUCCAGGGAGCCGUUCGGAAGAAGCGUCGGUGGUAUCCCGCUCGUUGGCCUCGGAUAACGCCGGCUCUUUCGCGCGGCAGCUCGCUCGAAAGCGAAUCGCCGGAAGGCUGGCAAGUGAAACAUCUCACCUCGACUCUGAUGAUGCCCGACGACAGCGGCUGCAGAUAUUCUUGAACCCGGAUGUCAUGCUCUCAAAUGAGGGUCCGAAAACAGGCGAUGCUAGGUCGGAGACGACUGUCACCCAUCAUGUUGGCUCUCAAACCCCUCAAACGGCGAGCGUUCCGGGAAGAUCAGAUGGACUCCUCCACGUAGAGUCCAGCAUACAGGGCUCGAGUGACGCAAUUGAUGCUGCCGAGGCGAAGAGCAGGCAACUUGCAGCCGAAGAAGAUCCUGUCUUCAGCACAUACGACGGCAAAGAUCCAUAUCUACGUGCUCACCUCGAAUUCAUGCACCAACACCGAUCACGCAUGCGCGCCUCUAUCAACAACAUGAAAAGAGUUCAAGGAUCGCGAGCAAAGCCUAGGCUUUCCGAUGGCUCCUCAAGAUACGGCGCGCCAUCCAACACUCGUCCAGAUGGCAAGCUCGUUGCGUACUUCAAUGAACACACAAAACCAAUCACUGUCAUCGUGGUUUCGCCUGACCAAGUAUUUUUCGUCACUGCGUCUGAAGACUCAACUCUCCGCGUUUGGGACACUGCCCGACUGGAGAGAAACGUGACAUCGCGAUCAAGAGCGCAAUACACCGGCCACAAUGGCGGUGUCACUGCCUGCAUCGCACUCUCACAGCCGAGAUGCUUUGCAAGCACUUCCAAGGACGGCAGCCUUCACGUCUGGCGGAUCGAAAUAACCAACUCCGCGCAAUCCAUGCCAAAGUACGCCUCUCGUCCCAAGCUGGUUAGUAAUUUCCAAUACAGCGAUCCGUCAGAAUACGCCACAUGCAUCUUUGAAUCGACACAUGAAUGCGCCGCGGCGCUUGUCAUGGGCACUUCUCGUGGCAGAAUUACUGUCGUUGAUCUAAGGACGAUGCAAGUCUUGCGCACCUUCCGGAACCCGGUACACACAGGCGCAAUCACGAGUACUUGCGAAGAUCCUCAACGUCAAUGGCUAUUGAACUCGACGGAAUCAGGGCACUUAUGUCUAUGGGACAUGCGCUUCGGCUUACUCAUCCGAACAUGGCCUGUCUUGGAUGAAUCCCAACGCGCGUACUAUCGCAUCACCCGCUGCACGAACCAUCCUCGCCCGGAUCAGCAGAAUGUGGUGCUCGUGGGAAUCUCCUCACUGGGCUUGAGGCCUCCCACUGCCAUCUCGGCAUCCAUGGUCGAAAUCUGGGAUAUUCAGAGCGCAACAAAGCUCUCAUCUUUCGAAGCUCGGUCCAAUGAGCAUAGCGCGCGCCCUUCCCGUACAGCCUCUCCGGCGCCACCCAGGCACGAUGUGGUCAACACUCAGCCAACGGCUUCACAAGCGAUUGAGGCUUUGCUCUCCGGGACAGCAGCUGGUAUGCAGUCUGAAGACCCAGGCUCCUCGCUGCUUUCGCUCAACCCCAUUCCGGAUACGCUAGCUCUCUUGGCGUCUAUCGAUGGCUACCGCUCGUCAGCCGCAGCUGUUCAAGGUUUGGACCGAGACUGGGUGGACGCUGGAGUUGUGGCUCGUGGCGCGGGCCUAUCGUCAGCGACUUCUGCAGGGUGGCUGUUGACUGCUGGUAGGGAUCGAACGAUUCGUUGGUGGGACUUGGGCAAGGUAGAGCGAUCGAAAACUGUCGCGCCUGCGAUUGGCAAAGACGACUUUCAAAGCCGCAAGAUAAACGACGGCUGCACGGAGUACAUUCAAGUCACACAUCCAGCUGUGAAGCCCACACGAUCACAACGAUCCCUGUUGCUUGCUCCGACACAAGCAAGAGAUUCUUCAGAGGCGAUGAGCACCCAUCGAGAUGCUAUUACCGCUCUUGGCGUGCUCGAGACACCUUUCCGGUGCAUCAUUGCAGGUGAUCGUAGCGGCAGAAUCAUGAUCUGGGAAUAGGGCGUUGAACUCAUAAGGUUUCCAAGCGAAUGCAAUUGACAAGUGUAAUGCUUUUCCUUUACACGCCGCCGAACACACUGAACCUGAAACGGGGAAUGCGAACGGCGUCAGCAGCUGCCUAGCUUCAGCGACGCGACACUCCCAGAGAAGGCUCACUUGCGGACGAUGCUCGGGCCGUGCUCCUCAUAGUCUUCCUUUGAGUGGCAGUAGUUGUAAAAAUCGGGUAGUG